UGCUCACACAGAGCUGGUGCAUAGCAACAGGUCAGUGUGCCUUGUGUGGCAUAUUAGCAUUCACCACAGACUGGGACAGAGGCCCUUUUAGCAGAGAUGGGAGCUGCCAUUUCCCUAUGACUUCACAUGGGAGUUUUCUUCUUGCCUAAAGUUAAGCUUCUGGAAAAGGUCAGUGCCCCACUAAAUCUCUGCAUUUUCCAGCGAUAAGCCAUGAUUUUUAUUUUUAUUUUGUGUGAUUAUCUGUGGAUGAGGGCAUAGCCUGGCAGCGUUGACCUACAGAUGGUAUAACCUACUUUUUUUCUUAGAAGCCUACAACUGAUUAUUUAGACUCAUUAGACCACAGGUUUGUGAAACCAAAUCCACUCUAUUGUAAAGAUCAUAUCAUUUCAGCUGUACUACUUCAGGCCUUCAUGAGCUGCAGGAGAAAAAUAAAUGAACAUUUCUUCAUUGUCUGAUCAGAAUAGCACAAUGUGAGAGCACGGUGCUUUAACAUGACAGUCCUAUGGACUGUGUUUACAUGGACAUUUAAAGGGAUACUCUGCACCUGCAGGUUCCUUUGGAUAUGUCCAUACAAUGCUAUCAAAUUCUUACCAAUGGAGAAAAGCAUUACAGAGGUCAAAAGUCAACAGCUGAAACAAGCUGUGGGUUCUGAAUGUAACAGGAUUGCAGCCAUACCAGGCAGCCCUGACCGAACAGUUGCCCUCCAGAAAAGACUCACCAAAACUGAGAAGAGCUGCUGUCACUGAAGACCAGGUUGCUUGUGAGAGAGCAUCAUGGGAAAGGAGGUUUACAGAGCUGCAGAGAAAACAGGAAGAGCUACGUAAUCAGCUGGAGUCUCAAGUGUUGAUGAAGGUGGGCAGUUACAAUGACCAGGGAGAGUCGGGAGUGGACAAUGGAGAAGAAUUUCAUGAGUGCUCAAGUGGCCUCCACCAACACAGAAGGUCUGGAAUGUCAUCAAGAAGUGACAGUUAUCGAUGCAGUUUGUCAGGCAGCCAGUUAUCGUUGUCCUCAGCACGGAGCUCAAGACCUGCCUCCUCGUCCUCAUCUUCAGCCUCCAGUGUGAGAUCAUGGAGAACAUCUCAAGGGCCACAUCGAGUUUUUGUUCCCCAUUCCCCCAUGGACUUACAGCUGGGUCAUCGGGUCAGGAUCAUGCUGCCAUCUGGGAGGAUCAGCACAGGAACGGUUCGUUUCCUGGGCCGCCUGCAGGGGGAGGUAGAUCUCCACCUUGGAGUGGAGCUGCAAACUCCUGAUUCAGGUCUGUGCGAUGGGACUCAUAUGGGACACAGCUACUUUGAAUGCAAACCUGGAUAUGGGGCCUUUGUGCCAUUCCACAAACUACUAAUGGCAUGGGAAUAACAGAAAUGCAUACAUCAGGCAGAGCUGGCCAUCAACUCGAGGACCAGCUGAAGGCAGAACAGUAGUUCUUGUCAUGGAUCUGAUACUUCAGUAUAAUGGUAAAUUGCCUGUGAAUAUAUACAAAUUUCUUAUUCAUAAUAAAAAUAAUCAGUCAA